UAAACUACCAGCAGGAAUAACGUGUCCCCUAUGCCUUUCAUAUCGGUUGAAAUGCAUAUUGCCAUGACACAGUACGCAGUUCAAUGAGAAACCGGGCCUUGUAGAAAGCUGAUCCCGAAAUGUAUGCAGAUUAAUAACAACCGAAUGGGCAAAAGAUCGUUGCAAAAAUAGAAGUGGAUUGGCACCUACCAACCAGAACUGUGCUACGUUAGAUGCACUGUUAGGAGAAAUAAAAUGAUGAAUGGGGUGGCCGCAGGUACUGGUGGGGGUGUCCCGCCAAUGGCCGAGGCGGAUGCCCCUACGGGGGCCACGCCAACGGUUCAAAUCACUACCGACGAGCAAGGCAACUCCACGUACUUCCUCACGACAACAACUUCGGCCCAGCAGGCUGGUCAGUUUACGGCGUCUGCUAGUGGCGCUGUGCCAGCGACAGCUACUCAAGCCUUUGUUUACUGCACGAGCAACCCCGCUGCGGCCGGAGGCGCGGCGGACACCGUGUUCGCGACGACAGGAGGGACGACAUUCUAUGCAACUACAGCUGAAGGUCAACCCGUGGCGUUCGGGACACCAGCCGAAGCGACAGUUAUCGAUGGACGUACUUUGGUCGAAGAGGGAAGCCCUGUCGAGGGAGCGCAAACGGCGUCGAUUCGUGAUAUGGACAUCAUCCACGUGCAAUGGCUUAUUGACAACUAUGAAACAGCUGAGGGAGUCAGUUUGCCGAGGUCGACCCUGUACAACCACUACCUGAGGCACUGCGCCGAGAACAAUCUCGAUCCGGUGAACGCGGCUAGUUUUGGCAAACUAAUUCGAAGCGUGUUUCUUGGCCUAAGAACGAGACGCUUAGGAACGAGGGGUAACUCCAAGUACCACUAUUACGGCAUUCGCGUAAAGCCUACAUCGCCGUUAGCGGCACUUCUUAAUGAGGACUCGGAUUCAAACCCACCGCCACCACCAGUGCUAACUAAGUCAAAGUCGACAGCGGUCAAACGGACCGCGGACGGUACGCCCGCUAAUUCACCAGAAGUGAAACCUAAGGUUGAAGAAGUGACCGAUGCCAAUCUCGCCGAGAUUAGUUUGCAAGGAAGCAAAAGCUUCUUGGGAGACCCCUCACAAGCGUUGCCCUCACAGCUAAUGAUGGUUUUGAUGUCUGGCGAAGGCGAGUUUAUGGACGAGAAGGAAGCGUACAAUUUCACUUUAAACUACCGUGAAUACUGUGAGGCGUUGCUCGACCUUGUUGUCAACCUGCAAUUCCAAAAAGUAUCCUGCCUUUGGCAGCAUUUCUUUUAUACAAAUCCAGCGAACGCUGAAGAAGAAAAGAAGAAAGAGCAUUUGCAUCGAGUUCUUACCUCACCUAGUGUGCUGUCCUUUCUACGGACAACGGACACACAAUUCUACCAGAACCUCGUGCAUGUUCUUAUACCAGACGUGCUUCGGCCUGUACCUGGGGCUUUGACCCAAGCAAUUCGAAAUUUCGCCAAAAAUACGGAACAGUGGCUAAAUUUCGCUAUGCAGGGCUGUCCCGAAGACGCUAAAAAGAUCAAAUUGUCCAUCGCCAACUCGUUCGCGCAGACGCUACGCCGGUACACAUCCCUAAAUCAUUUAGCGCAGGCAGCUCGUGCGGUGCUACAAAACGCAUUUCAGAUCCAGCAGAUGCUCUCCGACCUGAACAAAAUUGACUUCCGCAACGUCCAAGAGCAAGCGUCCUGGGUUUGCGAAUGUGAUCCUACCCUAGUCAAACACUUCGAGCAGGAUUUCAAGCGACAGCUUGAGAGCCAAGCAGGACUAACUGAAUGGGCUCAAUGGCUUGAGCAGGCUGUCGACCGUGUUCUCGAGAACUCUAUCGACAUUGUCAAGUCCUCACGGAAAUUCCUUCUAACUUGGUCCUUCUAUUCGUCGAUGGUCAUCCGCGAUUUGACGUUACGUUCUGCAUCGUCGUUUGGCUCGUUCCAUCUAAUUCGGUUGCUAUUUGAUGAGUAUAUGUUCUACCUUAUCGAACAAAAAGUGGCUCAGGCAUUGGAGAAAGCGCCAAUCUCAUUAAAUGAAGACCUCACUCAGGGUGACCUCAGUAUGUACGACCCUACCCAAUAUGAGGUAGUCUUACCAGAUGGUUGCGAAGUCGGCAAAGAUGGACAGAGCUGAAAAUGUAUACGAACAGACUGUUAUACAACUGAUCUCCAAUUUUAAAAACAACUAAAACGUUGAAACCAAUGAGUCAAAAUACAGGAAAUAACGAAGAUUAGUGCGUUAGCUAUAAAGCCAUAGCUGAUGAGUAGAAAAUUCCUACAUAAUGGUUUGUAUAUAAUUGAGAAGGCGAAGAAAGGUUAAGCGGGGAAAGUGCAAAAGAACUUUACUGUCGUGUAGUAAGUAUUUGUAAGAUUAACAAACCCAAACCCAUCAAGUGUUUUAAGGGAUUAAUGCCAACUGUUUUGACGAUUGUAGGAUGGUUAAAUAAAACUUAGGGCAGAAGUGAGCAUGAUCACAGCUGGGAAUUAUUUCUACUCCAUAAGCUUUUGGCAAGCACGCUAUGGAUUUUCGUUGAAGUUACAUGUCGGGUUCUCAUAUCCUUACGUUAACUAAAAAUUGUGCUUAACGUGUAAUUGUUUCUACAAGAGGCAGUAUAUAGCGGAUGAGUUUGCACAUUUUUAUUUUUUUGUGAUCUUUAGCUUCGCUCUGCGUCCAGAGGCUCUUUCACUUUUUGGAUCGCUUACCGGUGAAUCAAAAAACUAAAAAAGGCUUAUUCUUUAGAGAAUUUUUAGGUUUGUGCUAAAAAAAAACUGUCCAUCUGAAAUUUAUAGCAACUAUGUUCGUAACAACCUUACCUCUCCAAAUCGGAAGCAAAAUAUUUGAUCUGUAUCAUUUUCAGGUCCAUAUAUUAGGGAGCAUAAUGAUAUUCUGAAUGAUAUGAAUAUUUAAAAAUACUACAUCGGUUAAAAGCAAAAGGUUAAAAAAACUACAUUUAUUUUACUCAGUUCUUGCCGUACAUGUCCUAACUUGUGCUUAUCGACAGAACGGAGCGAAAUGAUUACCCAAAAGUAUUCUAAUAAAUAACAAAGACAGUUACGUGAAGGCCAUCGCCUCUAACGAUCUCAAAGGAAGGGAGAGUGCAGAGUUCGCUAAAAAGUGGUAGAAGAUAAGCCCGCCAAGAAAUUUAGAACGAUAAAGUAGUAUUACUGUUAAUAUAACUGGCUGAAAUAUAAAAAUGCGGAGCAUGGUGACAACAGCAGUGCAUCAGCUUCGUACCGAAUGAAAGACUCAAUCGGUGCAUAAGGGCCUUUAUUAUUUUCGUGUCUUAUAAAAUUAACCUGCGAAAUGUUGUGCCAAUAACCAGAGGUGGCAUACGACAGCAACGAGGGCAACCGCAUUUUAUUAAAACGACAGGCAGCAAACAUGUCAGGAAAACUGACAUGUAAAAUCGCCAAUCGUAUCAUUUUAUCUUAGCAUGUAAUAUGCCCCAAAUAGGAAUGAAAGUAAACGCACCAUUAUUUUGUUAUCUGUUAUAAAAAGCUCUGCACCGUAUUUUGUGAUCAUUUCCUUUUGAGUUAUUGUUGAAUUACCCAUGAUGUUUAAUCGCCCUUCAAACUAGGUGUAAACAAGCAAAAAAGAGGCCAAGAACGUGUAAUCUAAAAAAAUGAAGAUAACAAAAAACAAGGGGGAAAACGAACGUUGUAGAAGAUUAUAUUAUACAUUGACAUACGUGCAUAAAUAGAAGCAGUUUUAUUUUUAUUUUAGUUUAAAUAAAGGACUUUGAGGGAGGAAAAUAUGUAUAAUGGCAGCCUUCUAGUGAUAAGUUUAUCUAACUAAUUUAAUGAAAUUUUGUAUUUAGAAAUUGCUUCGAAUUCGCGUGAUUCGAUAAUUUACACAGUUUAAAAUCUUGAAUGCGUUUGUUUGUUUACAUAGCUAUUGCAUUACGAAGCUGUCUUUAUCAAUAAGUGUAUAUAAUACUCCAAUUCUCGUUAGCUUGGGUGGUGCUAAAAAUACGCUUAGUCGGUGGAAAACAUUUGAGAAAAUUUAUUAGCAGUAUCAAUUUUUGGAUUUCUUUACGUAUUCAAGUUCAAAAAUCGCGUUCCAUGGAAUAAGAAAAGCCAUAACAAAAGCAUAAGGAAAAAUUUGUAAGUGUAGGAUCAAGGAGUAUUGUUAUCCUGUUCAUCUAAUUUCUGUUACGUCGAAUCAUGAUUUCCUUUGAUUCGCCAUAAGCAGUUAAGUCUAAUUAACGAAAUGGUAAACAUCAUUUAAUUAUUAUUCUGAUCAUUUUUUUGGUGCUAGUUGAAACUCUUUAUGUAACUCUAGAUGGUAGACACAAUAUAUACAUAUAUAUACGACAUAAGCACAGGUCGGCUUUUUAUAGUCGUUGAUGCUGCUAGGUAAAUCCAGGUCUUGUAGACACAAAUUAUAUAAUAUAAUUAUAUUAUAAAUAAUUUUACAAACAUCAUUUACGGUAUAUACUGUACAAUCGGGCGUCAUGAAAAAUAAAAACGAAAAAUCUUAUGCGCCUAUACUAAACCCGUGAGCUACGAGUAGGCAAAAAGUUAAUAAGGUUUUUACACUCUGUAAAUAGAAUACUAAUGAAAGAUAAAAUCAAUGCUCUGACUCCAUCUGGAGUAUUGAGACUAAUAAAGUAGUGCAAAAUUUGUCUGCAUAAGGUGGUGCAUCAGGACCGAGUAGUUUGACACACAGGGUUGUUCGAACGUGCCUUCUUAGGACGAAAAGCAUACAGCAGAGAAAAUAUAAGGAUAAAAAACGGAUAUUCACAUAAUUUAGAAAAAGAAAAUAUUAGGUGUCAUUCUUCAAAUAUUAGAUAUAUGACUUAGUUUUGUGAUAGUGCGUUAUUAUAGCUUUUAGGAACAGUUCUAAAAUUCGUAUACGGAAAUGUACAAUUAGGUUUGGAGUCGAGUAAGACAGAAGAAUACAGUAAACAAGUAAGUUCGCUAUAAGUCGGACAAAAAAGUGGUUUAUUUUGCCGUUCAAGAGGCAUUUGUCUUAAUCGUGCGUCGAAUGUACGUCCUUUUUAUGUUUAGUUCAUUCGAUAUGCUAUAAUAGUAAUAUAGUAAAGACACUUCGUUUCGUGUCUACCAGCCGUACUAAACACUGUUUAGCAUCGGAAUAAGAUAACAAAACCGAAGGCAUUUUCAUGGAUCAUUGAGAUUUUUUCAAUUGGCUAUCCCACAAAUUGAACGGCAAAUUAUUUUAUUGACAGUAUGUGUCUAAAAAAUAACCGAACCAUGUUUACUGUACCGUAUGCAAUUAUGAUAAUAUAAAUAUAGAACACAAAUCAAUGUAGAUGUAAUAAUAAUAUGCAAAUUAGUUUUUUGUUAGACAAAAAACACGGAUUAAGAGCUAAUAUUUACCGGUCUUGUCCUUCUCAAACCGCAUCUUCUGUUUAGAGAUAUACUGGAAUUUCAGAUUUUGGAAAGACCUAAAAGGUAUCAACAAAAAUGUAUCAACAGGACGCUUCGCUG